AUCCAGAGGGCAAAGUGGAGGACUUCUAUUGCUUUGGCACCAAGAGGUGGAUAUCAUCAAUGUGGUAGCAAAGGAAUUCUACAUUGUAGUCAACUACUCUCUGAAUAAUGAAGAACAAGGUUGGGGUGUGUUUGUUUAUAUGAGUGCUGAUAGAAGAACCAGGGAAGCUCAGUGGAUGAUUUUGGAAGAAGACAAACACUCUUGGGGUGAAGUGUGGUUUACUAUAGGAGAUUGGAACUCUAUAUGUGCCAAGAAAGAAAAGAAAGGGGGCAGACCUAGACAACAUAGAAGUUUUGAUGGCUUCAACAAUUUCAUCUCCAACAUGGAAAUGGAAGGCAUGGAAGGAUAUCAGUUUACAUGGGGUAACAACAGAGAUGUUGAGGGUUAUGUUGAAGAGAAGCUUGACAGAGCUUUUGCUUCUUAUGAAUGGCACAGUUCUCACCCUAAUGCCAAAGUGCUAAAUGUGAUCAGAACAGCCUCAGAUCAGUCUUUCCUUAUUCUUAAUGCUGGUUCUCAAGAUCCUCGGUGCAAGAGGAGGUUUGCCUUUGAUAGAAGAUGGGCUUCAAAAGAAGGAUUUGUAGAUGUGGUGCAAACUGCUUGGGCCAUACCACAGACUAGUACACCUUUCUUUAGGCUCAAAGAAAAAGUGAAGCAGACAAAAAUUGCUCUUCUCAUAUGGAGCUCAAAAUUCAAGUCCCAGAACCAAGACAAGAUUGUUGUUCUUUCCAAUAAGCUUGAGGAAAUCAGAGAAGCUGGUAAAGCAGACAAGUGGGAGGAAUGGGAUUCAGUAACUAAAGAUCUUAAUGCUGCUCAUGCCUAUGAAGAAAAAUACUGGGCUCAGAAAGCUAGAGUACAGUGGUUAAAGGAGGGUGACUCCAACACCAAAUUUUUCCAUGCUUAUUCCAUGUCCAGAAGAAGACAGAAUGCUAUCUCAAGACUAGUCACUGAUGCCAAUAGAGUCUGCUCUUCAAGGAGGGAUAUUGAAAAUCACAUCACCACUUACUAUUCAUCAUUGUUCUCUUCAGAAGGCUCUUGGGGGGAGAAUCCAU